GAACGUGGUGAAUUUUUGAAGUACAAUUUUAGGCGUAGUUCGUGAUCCAGAACGAAGUCCGAUUGCUUGGUUGGGUUUCGUGUUUCUUGUCGCUGUGGUGGUUCUGCGGUAGUUUGUUGUCAUUCUCUGAACGUAGGCCCCUGUUGGUGACGAGGCACGAUGCUUGAUGUCGCUCAGGUGCUGCUGUAUUGCGGCGUGCCGCUCCUGUUUGCUGUGUGGUAUCUGAAGCGGCAGCGGCAAAGUGCGUCCCAGACCGGAACGGGAAAACUUCCCAAGCUGCUGGAACUGGGCUACAGCAAUUGGACGGGGCAUAUCGGUUACGUGGUUGGGAAGAUCAAUGCCGGCCCAGGCCUGUAUAUGUUCAACCUGCUCGAGUUGAUCCAGAAAGCUCCAGAGCCCGUUGUAGCCCUAUCCUUGUUCGGUCCCUUAUGGGUAGCGAAUCCCGUCUAUGCUGUCAAUGAUCCAGUCCUCAUCAAUGUAGUGACAUCAAGCAGCAAAACGACCCGCUUCGCAUCCUUCGAGUCCAGCUCGCAGAGCGUCAUGGGCAAGAAGUCCAUGAGCGCUCUGCGCGGCGAGGAGCUGAAGCGACAUCGCAAGCUGCUCGCUUCCAGCAUUCUCAGCAGAAAGGCGCUGGGAAGGUUGGUGGAACUGAUGGGUAACGUCACGGACGCAUUCCUGCAAACUCUCCCGCAGCCCAAGGCUGGCGAAUCGUCGUUCGCACUUGAUCUAGUUGAUGGUGAUCCUAUAGGACUCAUGCUCCUGGAUGUAUUCUCCUUGUUUGGAUUUGGAACACAAUCAACGACAACACCAGAGGGUCUGGCUCAACGAGAGAAGGUGAAGAUUGCAAUGAACUUCAUCUUCGACGUGUUUGCGGAUCGAAUGUCCGCUGCUGGCCUGGCCAAGUACAUCUCAUACCUCAACAUCAGCAAGAGCCGGCAAUUGGCAAACCACAACAAGUUCAUUCGUCAGGAGAUCAUCAUCCCGGCUAUCCGCCGCCGUCAAUCGGACAUCAACGAGGGCGUGGAAGUGCCCAAUGAUGCACUGACAGUCAUGUUGGAGGCUGGUGAUGACGACUCGCCAGCUUUCACCGAAGAGGAGAUCUGUGACGAAGCCCUACUCAUUAUGGUGGCAUCGUAUGAAACAACGGCAAACACAAUCCUGUGGCUGUUCUAUCACCUUGCCAUGCAUCCGGAGUGUCAGCAGCGUUGCUACGAGGAAGUGUGUCAGGUGAUGUCAUCGCACCCACCCGGAACCCAGCCAAGCAUCACCGAUAUCGACCAGAUGACCUACCUGAACGCCACUCUGCAGGAGUCCAACAGGCUCAGGCCCAUUGCACAGGCCAUCACCCGCGAGACCGUGGAAGACCUCGCGGUUGGCGACUACGUCAUACCGAAGGGGAACACGGUCAUGUGUUACUUUCAAGGAUCGGCCCUCAGCGAGGAAGUCUUCACUGACGCCAAGAAGUUCAUUCCCCAAAGGUGGCUAAACGAUCCUAAUGGCGGGGCCAAGAAACCCGGUACUCAUUCGCUGCCGUUCGGCAACGGGCCGUUCCGCUGCUUCGGCAAAGCGAUGGCAGUGCAAGCGAUACACACACUGUUCUCACAGUGGAUCCAGCGCUACCGCUUUGAGAUGAUCACGGAGGACGUGAAACCACGCAUCCGCUUAGCCUACUACCCAUCAGAGCUCACCAUCAGAAUGUUUCCACGGCAACAAGAAGGCCAAUGAUCAAGCAGUCCCGUGAACUCAGUCAGUUCUGCACUUUUGAUGUUUUGGAGAAAGUUUUUACUUCUUGUUCCUAGCUCAGGAACUUUAGGUAUGGACUAUAUGGAUGUGAAGACCCACAUAUAGCACUUCGUGAAGUCUCGCUUGGACUUGUACUGCCACGAGUCUCCUCUCGGUUUGGUUAUUCCUCUCUUUCUUAUUUAGCCGCUGACCGCUGGAACUCAGUUCCGGCAUCGGUCCGCCUUGCUGCUUCACCAAGUCAAUUUCGUAUUGCAAUCCUAGAUUGGCUAGGGUACCCCGUAAGGAGACCAUACAUGUAGGUCUGUGUGGACUGCCCUAGAGAAAUACGAAUAAAUACUAUAGUAUACUACUUGACUAAGUCUCUACUGUAUUCUGUCGUAUUGACAUUGUGUUCCAUUUCAAAUUUUCAAUAGAAACGUAUCAUGGAUUUGGAUUUUGAUUAUUAUUUUGUCUGUCUCACAAGCAUAUUGACAGACUAGUACACUCACA